AUCAAUAAUAAAAUAAAUAAUCUCCAUAAUUACAAACAUUCGAUAUAAGCGAUAUUUCGCACUCUUUCUAACACACAUCACAUGGAAGGAAGGCUGUUUAAAAUUUAGGGGAGCUUAAUAGUUCCAUUUACAAUGUUAAAUAUACUUAAACAAUGUCUAUACUGACAUCAAAGUACAUCUAACCGUUGUGAAAAUAUUAAAAAAUAAUGGAAGAGGUUUUGUCCAAUGAUAUUCCAAAAGAUUCAUGUUCUUCUACUUUGUCACAAGAAUCGUUUUACGUAAAGUUUGGGAAUGGAGUAGACAUAAAUACAAUGGAGUUGAUAUCGACUGAAAGAGAAUAUAAGAAUUCUGAACCUGAAGUAAAUCUUCCAAAGAAAGAAAAAGUGAAAUAUCCUCCUGAAUUAUUUUUUACUGCCCUUACGGAUUACCGACAUCAAUGUUAUUAUCAACAAACGCAAAAUUUUACUAGGAGACUUUCCAGAGCUGAAAAGCAAGAAGAAUGGAAACAAAUGGGAUCGGAAGCUUUGGCUACAGCAUUAUCAGCUCUUUAUGGAAAACUUUUGGUAGUGAUGGGGACAGCAUUUCCAAUGGCUGAAGUGAUCUCUACGUAUAUCCCACCAUCAUUUUACGAAGCAUAUUAUUUAUAUCUUUAUAUUGGCAGUAUGUUUUUUCUACUAUACAUGUAUAUCGUAUUAGCUAAUAAUAAACGGAGGAUUAAAAAAGAAAUGAAACUGGUUCCAGUAACGAACGAUCACGAAGAAUUUCAUUCAGACGAAGAUGAUGACGAAGAUAAUGAUUCCAAUGAUACAACUUGUUCUCAUAAUCGUAACCCGUACAGAAAUAGGAGGAUUUCGUUGUCAACCAUCCAUAAUAAGCAGAAUCAUUAUGGAAGUUUUUAUCUGAGAAUGGGUGCAGUGGCUUUUGGAAUAGGAAGUAUGAUAUAUUCUGGCUUGGAAUUUGGUCAAUACUUUGAGUUAGAAAUCGAUACAAAAUGCCAUAACGUUUUACUGGCUCUUACACCUGCAACUAGAAUGGCAUUCAUCUUCAUACAAAUGUAUUUUAUAUUUUUGAACAAUGAGCAAAUUAGUGUUUACAAACAAAAAUUAGCAGCAAGAUUCGGUUUAAUGCAUAUGAUUGGUACUAAUUUGUCUGUUUGGUUGAACGUGUUAGUGCAAGAAACAAAACAUGAAAUUUUAACAUUUUAUAAUCCUGAAAAUAAUACUUUGAAAAUAUCACAUCGUAUCCCUUAUAAAAACAGCGUCUUAGGUCAUGGUCAUCAUUUUGACCACCGAACGGAGAAUAUUUCCCAUCAUAUAUCUACAAGGGGUUUAAAAGGCCCUCAUCAUUUAUAUGAAUGCAGAAGAACAAACAUAAUAGGAUCUUUAGUCCAAGACGCCGCACCAUUUUUAUUUCCUUGUACCAUAGAAUACAGCCUAAUAUGCGCAGCUAUCCUCUAUGUUAUGUGGAAAAGUAUAUCGAAACUUCCACCUGUCGGUUCAUCAGCUGCAAAAUUCAAAUUAGCAGAAAUGAAUAAAGUGAAAAGAAGCCCACAUCUUUAUUCGGUGGAUUGUGCCAGAGCUCACAAAGGAUUAUUUGUAGGGAUUCUAUUACUUGUUCUCACUAUUAUUUCAUUGAUAUUAUUCUUUGUGCUAAUAUCGCGAGUUGAGUUUAUAGGAUUAGCUGUAAUAGAAGUAAAUAUUUGUGAGCUUACGUUGUAUGCAUUGACAACAUUGGCAUCUAUUAUAGGAAUGUGGCAGAUGAGAAAUUUAAAAUAUAAUUUAAGUAAAAAUUUACAUUUAGAUAACAUACUUUUAGUAGGUGCCCAGACUGGCAUGUUUAUCUACAGUACGUUCACUAUAAUAGGAGGACAAUUCACUAUACAGAAAACUACUGUAUUAGUAUUAAUAACGGCUUUGAGUUCUCUAUUACAAACGACAUGUCAAACAAUUUUUAUCCUAGAUGCUUCUAGAAGAACGUGCUAUACUCCUGAACAAAUGAAAAAGAAACCAGGCAGGCAAAUCGUCACAUUUCUUCUUAUUACAAAUUUGGCUAUGUGGGCAAUUAAUACUUUGGAAAAAUCUAGAGCGGAAUCCCAUCCAAUCCAAUUGCACUUUUAUGGUUUAUGGGCUUGGACCAUUAUCACACACGUUUCUAUGCCGUUAGCUAUAUUUUAUAGAUUUCAUUCGACUGUGUGUCUUUGUGAAAUUUGGAAAAGGACCUAUAAAAUGAAACCUGCUUAUCUAUAAUGUGUAAUAAACACAAAAAAAGUUAGCAAUGUCGCAUACUAUUUGCUGCAAAUGAUGUUUUCAUAAUUUUCAUUUAAAUUGCAGAUUUUAUACCUUUUAUAGGCAUCCACAAUAAUUGUCAAUAGCUCAUUUUCAUUUGACUCAGUUCGAGUCAAAUAUAAAAUAGUAUAUUUGUAGUUUCUUCUUUUUCUAUAUUAACAUUUAUUCCUUGAACUUAUCUGGAAAAUUUAUUAGAAGAAACUUCAUCAAUACCUUGAACAUUUCUACAAGUUCUUCAACAAUUUUAGGAAAACUUUUUUAUUCGACUCAGGGACUUGGAAACAUCUCUUUUGCUUUUCCAAUAUAUUACCACUGGAAGUUCAUGAAAAGAACGAAAUAAAAACUGCAUUUAAAUUUUCCAACCAAAUUCAGUCAAUUGUAAUCAAAUAUGUGUGUGGUGUCUUUAUGGAACACAACAUCCAUUAUAUUGACAAACUAGGUUCGCUUCUAUUCAUUUUUUUCCUGUAAUCUACUCCUUAAUCGCAUAGUAAUUCCAAUCCAAUAUAUAUUGAAACAUGACUUCAUUUUAUUGUGUUUUAACAAAGUACCGCAAAUAUUUAUAUGAUUAGUUAAAAGUUGUGCAAUAAAACAUAGAGUUUUUAUGUACAUCCAACCUUUUACAAAUUAUUUCAAAUAGUUGGUUCAUGCCCAGUAUAUCAACAUCAGGUCACGUAGUGCACGGGGUAUGAUCAGGUACAACAUCCUCAUUGUAAACAGCGGUAUUUCUGGAUAUUUCGCCACAAACACCAUUUACUGUGAAAAUUGGAGAAAACUUUUUAGAUUCCUAUUAUUUAUAAAACAAGUUUGUUUUAUUUAGUAUUAGUAUUAUUUUAGUAUUAAAUUUAUAAAUUAAAAUUGAUACUAAUAGACUUCUAUAUGUACUAAACUAGUUAGAAGUUAUGAAUGUUUUGAGUCAGAGUAAAUAAGCUGUAUAUGGAUUUCAUGUUAUUAGGUACUGCUGACAUUCGCUAGGUUGCUAGUUAGAAAUCGUUUUAGUAUUAGAUAAUGAAUUACAGCAGAACAAGAGUUAAGUUACCAGGAAAGCUAUGAAAAAUAUAUACCUAUUACAAACUUGUUAGUUGUCUGAAUAAAUACAUUAAAAUUGUAGUUUUAAAAAAAUCUGAAGUCACUUCCAUAAAGAUGAGAACUAAAUAAUAAAUUCCAAAGUUAUUUCUAUAAGCUUAAAGUGAGACUAUUAAUUACAAAAAUUAUGUCAAAAAGAUAGUUGACUUUCAACAUUUUUUUGAAAACUAUAAUUUUAUGUUCAUUAUUUUGGAUAAAAAUACAGAUAGAUAUUGAAGAAAAUAGUUUAUGUCAAUAAACAAUAUAAAUAAAAAGUAAGGGGUCUUUUCUAAAAUAAAAAAGAAUUAAAUAGAAUAGUUGUAAUUUUGAUGCCUUAUGAACAAUGAAAGCCAUUCAAAAUAAAAUUUCAUUUUAAUUAAAACCUAAA